AUGGCGAACGAUACGGAACUCACUGGAUCGUUCAUUUGGAGCAAAACACGGAAGAAUUUAUCAGAAUUUCUUAAAGAAUAUCAACUGCCUCAGAUUGUUCGAGUCGUGGAUGGCUUCUGCAGCAAGAACGAAGAAACAAGCAUAAGUAGCGAACAGAUACUGGCCUUCCACGAGAUAUAUUCAGUCCGAAAGCUACUUGGUACGGACAGUUCGGGCAAGCAAGUAAUCAUUCCAUUGACGUGUCCAACACAAGUCCUGGUCUGCCCGUCCAAAUGUAAGUACACGCCAUGUAAAGUCGAAGAUUUUAAGUCUAUCUUUCCUAAAGUACAAUACGUACGAGUGAAAAGCUGCGGGACUCAUUCAAGGAAUGCCAGUGACAUUUUACGACGCUCGCUCAAAGUUGGUGACAUACUACAAAUUCAAAAGAUUGACAAAAAAAAGAAAAGUGUCGUUUGUCAGAAUACUGAUACUAAAGGAGACGUCACUCUUUCCUACACAUCCCCGGCGAUUUUCACCCCAUUACUAGACAGCCGGAAAUACACACUGUCGGAAGUUGUGAUCAACUACGGCCUGCAUUCGAGGGUGUGCUUUGAAACAACCCGUUCGCAGGCUGAUCAAAACUCGGAUCAGUGGAGCAGCGCGUUAACAGGUCUCACUGAAGUGAUCUUUCAUAAAGUGCUAAAGGAGGUUAAAGUUAUCGCAACUAUCGUCGGAGGGGUGGGUGAAGUAAAGCAUUGUAUGGGUCUACCGACGGACCUACCCAUCCACUGCGCAGUCGCAGAACGUUUCACUAAAAAUGGCCAAAGUUAUAAAGAUGUUGUUCGUUCGCUACACGCAGGUUUCAACAGAAAGAACCUCUCAGAGAGAAUAAAUGUAUUCCAAGAUAUAAACGCUGUAAAGCUAUACGAUUUGUCCGAAAGUAUGGCGACCGUUCCACGACCACAACCCGAAACCUCACUGAGUCCAGUGCGAAAUAAUGCGCCGAGAAGUCCACCCCCAGUUUCUCCCAAACCCAAGAAAAGGAUCGCGUCUGGCGUGCCUGAGCACCUAAAAGAUACCAAGUAUGCAUUAGGUGAUCCUAAACAACCCACAGAAAGUGCUCCCGAAGAUAGUACGACCACAGUCGAGUUAUGCGACGAACUCUCACGAAGUCGUCUCGAAAACAGUACGACCACAGACAAGCUACAACUAUACGACGAACUAUCACGAAGUUGUCCUGAAAUCAGUACGACCACAGACAAGGUACAUGUAUACAAAAAACUUUCACGAAGUAGUAGUAGUCCCGAAAUCAGUACGACCACAGACAAGGUAAAUGUAUACGACAAACUUUCACGAAAUCCUCCCGAAGAUAGUGCGACUACAGCCGAAGAUGAUUAUGUUGAAAUGGGGAUAGUGGAAAAAAAUAUGUAUGAAAAUACUGAUUUGGAAAAGAAGAAAAAUACAGCGGAUAACCAGGACGAUUUUAAUAGCGCUCUGACAGAAUGUUCAAUAAACCAAGCGUCAUUCAAUCCACCUGAAAUUAAUUCAAGAUAUUCAAAUAUUUAUGAAGAAGUUAUACCACCAUGGAAUUCAAACUUCAAACAGGAAUUUGAGGAUCCUAAUUUAAUCCUAAACGAACAAUUAUCUAAAGUUCACAUUGGCUAUGUCAUCCCUAUGGUAUCACCAACUUCACAACCUCAGACCAAGGAAUUUGAAGCGCACAAACGAACCGAUGCAAAAAAUAAAUCUUCAGAUAGUUAUGAAAAUGUCGAGUGGGAAAUGGAUAAAUAUGUUUAUGAAGAUAUGGAUCCAAAAUUCGAAAGGGAUUCAGAUUCCAGGAAGCUUGAAAGAUCUGAGAAUUGUAAAUCGCACGAAGAUAUAAUUCCGCAAACGGCAUCAAAUGUGAAAUUUGAAAAAACAUCAGAAACGAAAUUUGAAACUCAGCCUUAUGCAGUUACUCAGGUAAGAUAAUUGUUAGAUCAACCUAGUACAUUCAACUAUUCCGUGGGUAUUCCGCUCACAAAAACAGAACGGUAGAUCAUGAUUUUUGGUAUGUGCAAUAUUUUGAUCGGUCUAGGAGGAAAUGUAGUAGUAUACCUUUGUAGUUCUCAUGGACUUAUUCCUAUUAUUUCGGUAUUCAUAUACGACUGUUUUUAUUUUACCUAAUAUCUCGCCUCGGACGGACGUAAUACAAGGCUGUGUCAUCCCUAUGAUAUCACCAAAUUUACAACCUCAGACCAAAUUUGAAGCACGCAAACGAACCUAUGCAAAAAAUAAAUCUUCAGAUAGUCAUGAAAAUGUCCAGUGCGAAAUAGAUAUGUUUAUGAAGAUAUGGAUUCAAAAUUCGAAUGGGAUUCAGAUUCCAGGAAGUUUGAAAGAUCUGAGUAUUGUAAAUCGCACGAAGAUAUAAUUCCGCAAAUUAUAUAAACAUGGCAUCAUCAUAAUUAUGUAAACAUGGCAUCUUCGAAAUAUUUUUUGCUGUAACUAAACAAACUACACCUUGUACUGCAUCUUUUAUAUGUUAUGUUUAUUUUUUGUUUGUUUUAGUUCCAACUAUGCCGUUCAACACUAAACCCCAUGUCCAAUCUCUUAAACCCCAUAUUCAAUCUCGUAAAUCCCAUAUUCAAUCUCGUAAAUCCCAUAUUCAAUCUCGUAAACCCCAUAUUCAAUCUCGUAAACCCCAUAUUCAAUUUCUUAAACUCCACUUUCAAUCUUUUAAUACCCAUAUCAAUCUCUGAAACCUCAUACUCAAUCUCGUAAAUCCCAUAUUCAAUCUCUUAAACCCCAUAUUCAAUCUCUUAAACUCCACUUUCAAUCUCUUAAUACUCAUAUUCACACCCUUAAACUCUACUUUCAAUCUCUUAAACCCCACAUUCAAGUUGAAGUUCAUAAACUUUCUUCUGUUUUUAUCAUGCAGUUUCAACAAAAUCGUGGAACGAAACUUCCCGAACCCAAGUAUAGACCUUCACGAGUGUUAACUGAGAAAUUCCAUCGUAUGCUUGUCGAUGAAAACCAAAAUCCGUUCACAGGAAUUUCAGAAAAUCCACAGGAUUUAUCGCUUUUGUCCGUAGAGGAUGUUGGCAAUGUUCUACGAUGCUUAAAUAUGCAGGAUUACGUUGAACUAUUCGCGAACGAGAUGAUAGAUGGUACCAUCCUUAAAGGUCUUGAUUUAGACAACUUUAAAGCCAUAAAUGUUAAUUUGUUUCAUGCGAAAAAGUUGUUAAAGUUUGUUGGUGUAUACGACAAACUUUCACAAAGUCCUCCCGAAGAUAGUGCGAACACAGUCGAAGAUGAUUAUGUUGAAAUGGGGAUAGUGGGAAAAAAUAUGUAUGAAAAUAUUGAUUUGGAAAAGAAGAAAAAUACAGCGGAUAACCAGGACGAUUUUAAUAGCGCUCUGACAGAAUGCUCAAUAAACCAAGCAUCAUUUAAUCCACCUGAAAUUAAUUCAAGAUAUUCAAAUAUUUAUGAAGAAGUUAUACCACCAUGGAAUUCAAACUUCAGACACGAAUUUGAGAAUCCUAAUUUAAUCCUAGACGAACAAUUAUCUAAAGUUCACAGUGGCUAUGUCAUCCCUAUGAUAUCACCAAAUUCACAACCUCAGACCAAGGAAUUUGAAGCGCACAAACGAACCGAUGCAAAAAAUAAAUCUUCAGAUAGUCAUGAAAAUGUCGAGUGGGAAAUGGAUAAAUAUGUUUAUGAAGAUAUGGAUCCAAAAUUCGAAUGGGAUUCAGAUUCCAGGAAGCUUGAAAGAUCUGAGAAUUGUAAAUCGCACGAAGAUAUAAUUCCGCAAACGGCAUCAAAUGUGAAAUUUGAAAAAACAUCAGAAACGAAAUUUGAAACUCAGCCUUAUGCAGUUACUCAGGUAAGAUAAUUGGUAGAUCAUGAUUUUUGACAUGUGCAAUAUUAUGGUCGGUCUAAGAGGAAAUGUAGUAGUAUACCUUUGUAGUUCUCAUGGACUUAUUCCUAUUAUUUCGGUAUUCAUAUAUGACUGUUUUUAUUUUACCUAAUAUCUCGCCUCGGACGGACGUAACACAAAGCUGUGUCAUCCCUAUGAUAUCGCCAAAUUUACAACCUCAGACCAAAUUUGAAGCACACAAACGAACCUAUGCAAAAAAUAAAUCUUCAGAUAGUCUGAAAAUGUCCAGUGCGAAAUAGAUAAGUAUGUUUAUGAAGAUAUGGAUUCAAAAUUCGAAUGGGAUUCAGAUUCCAGGAAGUUUAAAAGAUCUGAGUAUUGUAAAUCGCACGAAGAUAUAAUUCCGCAAAUUAUAUAAACAUGGCAUCAUCAUAGUUAUGUAAACAUGGCAUCGAAAUAUUUUUUGCUGUAAUUAAACAAACUACACCUUGUACUGCGUCUUUUAUAUGUUAUGUUUAAUAUUUUUUGUUUGUAUUAGUUCCAACUAUGCCGUUCAACACUAAACCCCAUAUCCAAUCUCUUCAACCCCAUAUUCAAUCUCUUAAACCCCAUAUUCAAUCUCUUAAACCCCAUAUUCAAUUUCGUAAACCCCAUAUUCAAUCUCGUAAACCCAUAUUCAAUCUCUUAAACCCCAUAUUCAAUCUCUUAAACCCCAUAUUCAACCUCGUAAAUCCCAUAUUCAAUCUCUUAAACCCCAUACUCAAUCUCGUAAACCCAUAUUCAAUCUCUUGACACCCAUAUUCAAUCUCUUGACACCCAUAUUCAAUCUCUUAAACCCCAUAUUCAAUCUCUUAAACCCCAUAUUCAAUCUCUUAACACCCAUAUUCAAUCUCUUAACACCCAUAUUCAAUCUCGUAAACCCCACAUUCAAUCUCUUAAACCUCAUAUUCAAUCUCUUAAACCCCAUAUUCAAUCUCUUAAUACCCAUAUUCAUUCCCUUAAACUCUACUUUCAAUCUCUUAAACCCCACAUUCAAGUUGAAGUUCAUAAACUUUCUUCGUUUUAUCAGUUUCCACAAAAUCGUGGAACGAAACUUCCCGAACCCAAGAAUAAACCUUCACGAGUGUUAACUGAGAAAUUCCAUCAUACGCUUGUUGAUGAAAACCAAAAUCCGUGUACAGGAAUUUCAGAAAAUCCACAGGAUUUAUCGCUUUUGUCCGUAGAGGAUGUUGGCAAUGUUCUACGAUGCUUAAAUAUGCAGGAUUACGUUGAACUAUUCGCGAACGAGAUGAUAGAUGGUACGAUCCUUAAAGGUCUUGAUUUAGACAACUUUAAAGCUAUAAAUGUUAAUUUGUUUCAUGCGAAAAAGUUGUUAAAGUUUAUUGGUGUAUACGACAAACUUUCACAAAGUCCUCCCGAAGAUAGUGCGACCACAGCCGAAGAUGAUUAUGUUGAAAUGGGGAUAGUGGAAAAAAACAUGCAUGAAAAUACUGAUUUGGAAAAGAACAAAAAUACAGCGGAUAACCAGGACGAUUUUAAUAGCGCUCUGAAAGAGUGUUCAAUAAACCAAUCAUCAUUUAAUCCACCUGAAAUUAAUUCAAGAUAUUCAAAUAUUUAUGAAGAAGUUAUACCAUCAUGGAUUAAUUCAAACUUCAAGCAGGAAUUUGCGGAUCCUAAUUUAAUCCUAAACGAACAAGUAUGUGGCCAUGUAAUCCCUAUGAUAUCACCAAAUUUACAACCUCAGAUCAAGAAAUUCGAAGCGCACAAACGAACCGAUGCAAAAAAUAAAUCUUCAGAUAGUUAUGAAAAUGUCGAGUGGGAAAUGGAUAAAUAUGUUUAUGAAGAUAUGGAUCCAAAAUUCGAAUGGGAUUCAGAUUCAAGGAAGUUUGAAAGAUCUGAGAAUUGUAAAUCGCACGAAGAUACAAUUCCGCAAACGGCAUCAAAUGUGAAAUUUGAAAAAACAUCAGAAACGAAAUUUGAAACUCAGCCUUAUGCAGUUACUCAGGUAAGAUAUAAUUUGUUAGAUCAACCUAGUACAUUCAAUGUAUGUUUGGCCGUGUGUACUCCGCUCACAAAAAGAGUACGGUAUAAAUCAUGAUUUUUGGUAUGUGUAAUAUUUGGGUCGGUCUAAGAGGAAAUGUAGUAGUAUACCUUUGUAGUUGUCAUGGUUGUCAUAUGAAAUGAGCAAUUCAAUCAUUAGUGGUAAUAUUGUGUCUGACUUAAGUGACUACUUUUCCCAAUUUUGUACAGUAACUUCCGUUUGUCAAGAGUUUAAAAAACUAAAACAAAACACGAGAUUUUUCUCAAUAUUCACAAACUGCAUUCAUCAACGACUUGUUACUCACUCUCCGUAACUAUUCAUAUACAAAUGAAGCUAAUAAUGUAAACAAACAUUUCUCUACAAUUUACAAUAAAAUUAACAAACUUAUCAAGAAGUAUGCGCCGCUCAAAAAGUUAUCAAAUCGUAAACUAAAAUUAUUAUCAAAACCAUGGAUAACUAAGGGCAUUCGUAUAUCUAUAAAAAUAAAAGCCCCCUCUAUUUUUCCAGUGAUACACAGAGUAUUGCAGAAACAAAAUUUCGAAAUUGACACGUAUAAGUAAAAAGCUUCAUUAUCAUGAAUACUUUACUGCUAAUUCAAAUGAUAUAAAGAAAACAUGGGAAGGAAUAAAUAAUUUAAUUAACAAUAAACGUAAGGGUAAAUGCACAAUCAAAUCAAUUAAAAGACUGAAUAAUGGUAUAUAUCAAGUAAUCCAAUAGAGCAUACUUAAUAAACAUUUUGCUUCAAUUGGGAAAAAAUUGAGCUCAACACUUCCUCAAUCUUGUAAAGAUUUUCGAGACUACUUAUCUGCGUCUAAACACUUCAACUCGUUUUAUUUCAACCCUAUCGCCCGUAUUCUAAAAGCUCACUCACUCUCUGCACACUCAAUGAGUGGAGGUUCAAUUUGAGCUUCUCUUAGGUGCCAGUGCUGUUUUAGAAUAGCUGGAGGGUGAGUAGUCACAUAUUAAGGUACGAUACUAGCCCUCCAGCUAUUCAAAAACUGCACUGGCACCUAAGAAAAGCUCAGAUUGAACAUCCACUCAUUGAGUGUGAGUGAGCUUUUAGAAUACGGGCGUAUCUCUCCCUCUCAAGUAAGAGUGCCAAAUCGAUUUAAUCCCUUGCAAGAAAGCAAGGUCCAUAUAUUCAUUCCCUCAGAGAAUACUAAAGAUGCCAAACAUAUUCUCUCAGAACCAUUAGCAAAACGCAUGAAUCAGUUAUCUAUAGAAACUGGGAUAUUUCCCACUAGAUUAAAAUAUGCAAAAAAUUAUUCCAAUCUUCAAACUAGGAAAUAAGGACGACCCGACUAAUGAUAGGCCUAUAUCUUUGCUUUCCAAUAUUAGUAAAAUUUUUGAACGUUUAAUGUACAACAGGUUAAUAACAUUUAUUGAGAGGAAUAAUGUAAAAGUUAUUUAUUCCUCUCAAUAUGUUUUCGUAAGAAUCACUCCGCUGAGCAUGCAUUGCUAGACAUUGUCAACACAAUUCAAUCAAAUACUGAUGGAUCGAGGCUUAUACUCGUGUGGAAUAUUUAUAGACUUACAAAAAGAUUUUGACACUGUGAAUCACGAAGUCUUAGAGGUAUUAUUAACAAAUAGCUUUCUUCAUACCUAAUAGGUAGAUCUCAGACUACACAAAUUGAAUCAAAUAUAUCACACAAAGAACAGACUUUAUGUGGUGUACCUCAGGGCUCUAUAUUAUUCCCACUAUUAUUCUUAUUAUAUAUCAACGAUAUAGCAUAUUCUUAAACAAAUUUAAAGUUUUUUCUUUUUGCAGACGACACAAAUCUUUUAUAACCUACGCUAACAAAAAUCUAAAAUCCCUUGAAACCAUAGUUAAUGAGGAAUUAAUAAAAGUAAAUGACUGGCUAAUUUCAAAUAAACUAAGCCUUAUUUUUUCAUACUUAUCAGAAAACGUUUAACUUUAUACCUAUAACUUUAAAAUCUUUGAUCACAACUCACAGUAGUUUGUAUCUCUCGAACAUAAAAAAUAUGUUAAAUAUUUAGGAAUAUUGAUAGACAGUCAUUUGAUAUGGAGCAACCAUGUUGACUACAUUACUUUGAAAAUAAGUAAAACCGUCGGAAUCAUCUCAAGACUCAAACAUUUGUUCCAUAUCAGACUUUGCUCAACAUUUAUCGUUCUUUAGUUCAACCUUUUAUUACUUAGGGUCUUGCUGUGUGGGGUCAAACGUCGAAAACAAACCUAAAUAAAAUCCUUUUAUUACAAAGCGUGUUAUUAGGCCAAUCCAUUUUGCAUAUAUUAUAGACAACAUGCAAUACCACUUUUCAUUGCUUUAAAAAUAUUACCAGUCAAUAUUCUUUACUACGAUGCAUUAUUAUCACUAAUGUAUGACAUCACAAAUCAAACGGCACCACCUAUUAAUAUCUCUGAGUAUUUUACUCAUAGAUAUCUUAUAUACACUAGAUAGCGCAUCUCUUUUAGUAAAAUUGAAGCCAAGAAUAUUCCAGCGGUUACCCCCAUUUGAAUAGAUGGCGGCCAUGUUGGAGUUUCCCACUCGCUAACUAAACGCUUAAAAAACAAUAAUAACUUUCAUCAUUUGAAUAGUUUGAAAAUGUAUUUGGAAUAGGUUUAACUUAAUGUUUAAGUUCCCUGUUUAAGAAAUAGAAAACAUACGAGUCUUCUCAUUUCAUGGGAAUAUCCUGAGCCUGCAAUCACGGCUUCAAUUUUUGAAUUGUAGAAAAAUUAGAUGCACUAUCUAGUGUAUAUAAGAUAUCUAUGAUUUUACUCUGGUAAAUACAAUUCAUUCACACAAUACAAUACAAUACAAGAUCCUUAGCCUCUGGCAAAUUUUAUCAUAAAUAUGCAAGGCUUAAGUAAAAAAAUGAAUCUUUUAGUAUCAUCGGAUCAAAACUUUGCGAUGGAAUUCCUGAAAUCUUAAAAAAAAUCUGAACAAAAAGAUCUAAAUUGAAAGUCCAGCUUUUCCAUGUUCUAGAAAAUGCGGACGUCUACAUUGAUUUCCAAACACUGAUAAAGAAAAUGUCGAAUAUUACUUCAAAAACCCAAAUAAGUAACACUUGAAUAUUUCACUCUCUGAGUUAGAUAUAGCAAUUACAUUAUUUGAAGUUCAUAAACUAUUUUCUGUUUUUUUAUCAGUUUCAACAAAAUCGUGGAACGAAACUUCCCGAACCCAAGAAUAAACACGAGUGUUAA